CAAUAGCUGCCUUUUAUUUUGACAGCUUGUAGCGGAAGCUCUGUGUGUUUGAACCUCUCUCUCUCUCUCUCUCCCUCUCUCUCUCUCUCUCCCUCUUCAGCAGAGCUGGUGUAGUAACCACCGUCAUUCAGAGAAAAUGAGCGACAAAGGUUUGUCAGACGAGGCCGCGGCUGCAGCUUGUAAAGAUGGAGACUCGAUCACUAAGGAUUUCAUGAUGCAGCAGACUAUGCUGCGGGUCAAAGAUCCAAUUAAAUCCUUGGAUUUCUACACCAGAAUCCUCGGCAUGACGCUCCUGCAAAAGUUUGACUUCCCCUCCAUGCGUUUCUCUCUCUUCUUCUUGGGCUACGAGGAUAAGAAGGAUAUUCCUACAGAAGUGAAGGAGAAGACGGCCUGGACCUUCUCCAGAAGAGCCACCAUUGAGCUGACACAUAACUGGGGCUCUGAGGCUGAUGAGAGUCAGUCUUAUCACAAUGGAAACUCUGAUCCACGUGGCUUUGGACACAUUGGAAUCGCAGUUCCUGACGUCACCGCAGCCUGUAAGUUGUUUGAAGAACAAGGGGUCACGUUUGUCAAGAAGCCAGAUGAUGGUAAAAUGAAAGGCUUGGCCUUCAUUCAGGACCCUGACGGCUACUGGAUUGAGAUCCUGAGUCCAAACAACAUGGUGUCCAUUACCUCAUGAAAACUGACAACAUGCUACCUGCUGCUGUGCGUAAGGGCCAGUCCUGCUGUGAAUUCCCCGGGAGAGCUGAACACGGGUUUAGUGAUUAAUAAGCAACCUACGCCGCAGAGCUGAGAGAAAAUGGAGAGGGAUCUGUUACACAAUGACGAUCAGUGUGCCUUUGCAUGGGCUGGACUAUUAUUGCGAGUUGAUGAGCAAAUGGAUUAGUUAUUUUUAUGAAUUGCUACUGCUUAGUGUAGCUGUUGAGUUUGUCUGCCAUCAGUUUAUUUGUUUUCAAAAUUAAUAAAGCAGUGUUACUGUGCAAUACGUUUGAAAGCCACCAUUCAAAAGCAAAAUUCCUUUGUUAGUUAUUACUGCAGCAACAAAGUCAAUAAUUCACAUCAUAGCAGCAAAAGUGAGGUAACAGCUCCUGUCUCACAGUUUAGUCAAAAGAAAUAUUGUACAUGUAGAGUUUUUAACCUAUUCUAAAUGAAUUGUAAAGUCAGAUCCUUCAAUGAUUUCCUCAUGACUUUAUGAAGUCACUGCUGCAGUCAAGACCAAAGUGACCCACAAGAAGGCCAGCUGGUUUGACGUCAUGAAAUUUAAUGUGCAAGAAAGGGAUCACGGGAGUUCUUGUAUUCAUCGCCAUUGCAGAUUAAAAUCUACCUUACAAAUCAUGUUCACAGAUGA